AAUGGCAGGUAAAAUAUAAAUCUAAGUCUUUAGAUCAAAUGGAAGAAAGAGCUUAGAGAAUUUUUGGAAAACUAUAAUCAAUAUAGAAUAAUGUUGAAGGGGAGAAAUAAUAAAAAUUCAAAUUAAUAUUGGGUUAUUUGUAGAGUGUUGAAUCUGCAAUAGAAGAUGUUUAAUAAUAAAAGAAUUAAAAGUUUUUAGAUAUAGCAGAAAAAGUAUUAAUUUAUUUGAAUCAAGUUAUAAAGAUUGAAAUCAAUGUUAGAUACAGAAAAAGAAGCUCGAGAUUAAAUUAAUGAAAAAAUGAAAAAAGAAAUAUUAUCAGUUGAAAAGAAUUGUAAAACACUUUUGAAUAGUUUCAGCAAAGAAAGAUUGGAAACUGAGAAGAGAGUGUUUUAAAAUCUUUCUUAAUAAGUUGAUUAAUUAUCAACCGAAAUUUAAAAAGAAUUUCAUUAAAAGUCAGAAACCUAAAAUAAAUUAUUAGAAAUCUAAAAUGGUAUUAAUUUAAAAUAAUAAAAAAGAUUAAAUUCCUUAAUUCUACUAAGAAAUAGAAUAAGAGAUAAGAAUUAGAGAAGAAAUUGAAGAAAAAAUUGCUUAAUAAUUUAAUGAAUAAUUGGAUGAACUUAAAAGAAUAUUUGAUAGUCAAUAAAAAUAAAGAGAAUAAAGAGAAGAAGAAAUCAUUGGAAUUUUAAAGAAGAUAUAUUAGAAUGCCUAUGAUGCAUGCAAAAGAAAUAGAGCUGACAGAGAAAGAAAUGAAGAAUUAUUAGUUAAAUUAGUUGAAUAAGUAGUUGAAAAAAUUAAAAGAGAGAUAGUUGAUUCUGAUUUUUGA